GCCGAAGUGUGCCAACAAUUGUCACGACAAUUCAGAUCGACUUCGUUUUACACGUGCGUAGGCAGUCUGGAAAUGCCGAAUUGUGCCAUCGACUGUUACGACUCGGGUCUACGCGUGUUCAUGUGCUGCCUUCUAUGAUUACCGAUCCUCGAUGCUAGAAAUUUGAGAUGGCGCACACUUUGUAGCGUUCGGUGGCCCUGAAGACCACCUGGAAGAUAUCAUGGAGGACCGUUCCUUCAUGGUUCCACCGCAUGCAGGCGGGAAUGUGCUACCUAACACUCCCCUCUUCAGCCGAUUGCUGAGAUACGCUAGCCAUACACCAGCUCGCAUAGCUAUCGAAGAUGUACGGUCCAAGCACCAGAGAACCCACAUUGAGCUGCUCUCCGAUGUGUUGGCGCUACGCGAGGUGGCUGUGAAUGCACUAGACUCGGCGACACUGGGCGCGUUGAGCAGGAGAGAAGAGGUCUAUAUCGCAGUGGUGGCGGCUGGCGGCUACGAGUACACCGUUGCGAUGCUCACGGUGCUCGCCCUCGGUGCAGCAGCCGUGCCAAUAACACCUGCGCUUCCGUUGGACGAGGCAGCGUACUUCAUUGAAAAGUCACGCUCGGCGUUGGUCCUUGUCAGCACAUUGGAUCUCAAGAAAUGUUGUGACCUCGAAAAGAGGAUUGCAUCUACGAGCAACGAGCGCUUCCGGGGUGUGCCAAUCGGCUCGUGCAUCUAUACACCCACGCUGGAUUCAUCGGAGAUCUUGAUCUCUUCAGAUCGUGCACUCGAGGAGAAUGCGCCUGGAGUUGUGAUUUUCACAAGUGGCACCACUGGCCCGCCGAAGGGCGCUGUCAUGCGGAGAUCGUUCGUCUUCGACUGCGCGUUGUCCGUCGCAGACCACUACAGACUCACUGAGGAUGAUGUCAUGCUGCACGUCCUUCCUGUGCAUCAUGCGACUGGCGUGGGGAUCAACUUCUUCCCGUUCCUCAUAUCUGGGAGUCGCAUCGAGUUUCGUAGUGGUGGAUUCGACGAAGUAUGGAUGUGGGAAAGAUGGAAACAAGGUGCGACCAACCCUCGGCGCCGGCUGAGCUUCUUCUCAGGUGUGCCGACCAUCUACAUGCGGAUGCGGCGGCAUUACCAACGCAGCUUGGCUAAGCUGCCAUCGGAGGAGUUAGCAAAGUAUAUCGCUGGGGCUAGACAAUUUCGUGCGUGUCUCUGCGGCACCUCAGCGUUACCUCAGCCAUUGAACGACUUCUGGUCGACACUCAUGCAGAAGAGGAUAGUGCAGAGAUACGGCGCCACUGAAUUUGGUGCAGUCUUCAAGGUCCGCUUGGAUGACAAGAAGGUGCCGGACGGAUCUGUCGGACAAGUUGCGAGUGGGGUCGACAUCAGGCUGUCAGAAGGCGAUGAGGGCGAGGUGCUGGUGAAAAGUCCACACAUGUUUUCCAAAUAUCUCCAAGACCCCGAAGCCACUGCGAAAGCUCACGACGAGGACGGAUAUUUCAGGACAGGGGACAUUGCGCGCAGGGAAGGAACCUACUACUAUAUCGCGGGCCGCGCAUCGCUGGACAUUAUCAAGUCCGGAGGGUACAAGAUCUCCGCCCUGGACAUUGAGCGCGAACUGCUUGGAUUGCCAUACGUGUCGGAAGCCAUGGUGAUUGGCGUCGCUGAUGAAGAGUUCGGCCAACGUGUGGCGGCGUUGUUGUCGUUGCAGGAGGAGGAUCUGACUGACUCGUUUCUCGAAACGUACGGCAAUGCUGACCACAUACUCACGAUCGAGGAUCUGCGCAGAGAUUUGCGUGGGCGUCUGGCGGGAUACAAGCUGCCGACACUGCUUCGGAUUGCACCAGGCGAGCUUCCAAAGACAGCGACCGGCAAGGUUCAGAAGAAGGUUUUGGGGCCGCGAUUCUUCCCUCCUGAUUACGAGACUUGCGCAGAAGUGCAACAGUGGAUGAUACCAAGCGUCCACCUGGCGAAAAUAUAGAUAGUGUUUCCUGCAGUAAGAUCUUGCUAGCGUACUGGCUUUGACAUUGACAAUCUGGAGUGGGAGAUGGAAGCUGGGAGGUGACACAAAUUGCCAAGGUGGCUAGUGCGCGUACGUAGAUGCGCGUUACAGCAACGGCAGGCACCCUUUCAUCGUCCACCUCACCAUGUUCAACUUUCUGUUUACAGUCCUUGCUGUACAAGUUGCAUACUGCAUAGUCGUCAAUAUGCC